AUGCAGCAAGGGGACGAGGCGUCAAGGCACUUGAUAGACGAGCUCAUGGAGAUCGAAAGACGCAUGUGCAACAUGCAGACAUACAAGGGAGCAGGCCUGGCCUAUGCACUCUCAGCGCAGUCAGCUCAUCUGCUGCAACGAGCCAACACGAGGGGUGGAGGGGCGGCAGGAGACAGCACUGCUGGCCUCGACUACAUGACCCCAUCAAUGGUCAACAUGCUGCACAAGUCACGAGCACACAGCGCUGCCUUCACAUCAUCCCCCUCCCCCUAUUCAUCAUGCCGCCACAGUCAUCCUCCUAACCGCCCCACGUUCCCCCCAUCACACCCGUCGCCACACGCUUCACCUCACCCUCCAUCACACCCGUCGCCACACGCUUCGCCGCACCCUCCAUCACACCCGUCGCCACACGCUUCGCCUCACCUGGAGGACUCGAGCAACAGCAGCAGCGGGUCGCUAGUGCUGCCUGCGCCUCACUCGGGGCCGUUCAUGGUUGGCAGGGAGUGCGAAACGCCCACGUUCCGAGGCCGAGGGGUGCCAAAAAACGGUAGAGGAGGAGGGGCAACUGCUGUUGCUGCUGCUGCUGCUGCUGCUGCUGCCGCCUCCUCCGGAUCUCCCUCUCAGCCAUUCUUUGACAGCAGGUAUGGGGCGAACGGGGCAAAUGGUAUGCUGGUUGCCGCAGCUGCAGCUCUCCCUCAGCCACCCUUGGACGGUUUGAGCAGUGGCACGCACAGCAACAGCUGCUCCUCUCAGCACGGUGGUGAGGUCUAUUUUGGCAAUGCCUAUGAGCAUCAACAGGGUGAGACAGAGGAUCUCUCAUUUGGUUCAGCUUCCUUUCAAUCCAGACCUCCAUCAAAAGCAGCGUGCCAUACACGCCGACAACAGCAGCAGCAGCAGCAGCAGCAGCAGCAGCAGCAGCAGCAGGGAGGAGUAGGGCUGAGGAGGCAAAGGUCUGGUGUGCAGCGCAGCAGCAAGCCAGCUCCCCUGGUGGUGCGCAGUGGGAUGGGUCUGGCUGCUGCUGUGGCAGCUGCUGCAGCAGGGGAUGGCCGACUGGACUCCUCUGCCUCGCUCUCCGCUGUGGCUCAUGCCCUCUCUUCCUCACCCCGUCCCGUGGAAGCAUGA